AUGAAAAUCAUCAUUAGAUUUUAUAAUGAAUGGGGAAUUUUGAAUGUAGAACAACUCAAAAUCUCAUCAAAAUAUAAAAUAUCUGAAUUGUAUGACCAAGUAUCUAAUUUGACAGGAAUUGAUUAAAAUCAUCUAAAAUUGAUUUUAAUAUAAACAAAUAAUAAAGUAAUAUUUUAAAAUAUUAAGAUUGUUCUUGAUGAAUUAAACCUUUACAUAUGUGAUUAUGAAAUUUAAUAAGGCUCUGCAAUUUUUGCAUAAAAAACUACUGAUCCUUUCUCUGAUAUGGCUUCUUCAUUUUCAUCUUAAUUUGACCCAUCAUAAUUUCUUGAUACUUCAGCUAAUUCAAUUCCUGAAUAAGAGACUUUAUUUUAAUUAAUCAAAUUAUCAUAACUUAGUGAUUUAGAAUUAUAUUUAGAGGAUAGAAAUGAUGCAAUUCAAUUGAUAAAUGGAAUUGAAUUAACAGGAUGGAAUGCACUUCAUCUAGCAACCUUUUUAGGCAAUGAAAAGAUGUAUUUAUGGUUAAUAAGUUCUGGAGGAGAUAUAUCUAUUCUCUCUAAAGAUGGAUGGAAUUGUUUAUAAAUAGCCAUAUGGUAAACAAAUAUUAAAAGUAAAAUAUACAAAUUUAUAUAGUUUAGUGGCAAAUCUCAUAAUAGGUUCAAAUUAAAUAAAUAUUAAUUAAAUCACAACAAAAGGGACAGCUUUACAUAUUGCUGCUUAAAUUGAUGAUCCUGAAUUCAUAGAAUUAUUAUUGAAACAUCCUAAAAUUGAUAUAUCUAUCACAUUCUAAGGAAAAUCUGUUGUUGAUAUUGCAGGAGAACGUACAAAAAAUCUACUUUAAAAAGAACUUCUUAUUUUAAAAAAUAAACAAUUUGAUAUUAUCAACUCAUUUAGAUAAUCUAUUUGUACAUUCUAUUCACUUAAUUCAUUUUUUACUAAUCGUCCUCAAAAACCUCCUAUUAUUAAAGGAAAUGCUAAAAUUGUUUCAUAUUUUAAAUUGUUAUUAAUUGAUAACUAUUUAAUUUGUGAUCCAGAUUCUGGUGCUCUUGCUAGAUAUAAGACUCCAUCUUAGUAUCCAUUUAAUCCCAAGUAUUUUAUUUAUAUUUUUUGA